CCCACCACAACUAACUGAAACCCAUGGCACACGAUCAUCUAGUAAACAAACAUGUCUAAUGAUAGCACCUAUCUUGUGUUGUGAAACGAGUUGCUCAAGAAUGGGAGGGUGAGGGUGUGUGUGUGUCGCUCUAAAGAUCGCUCAGCAUAAAUAAAACACAAGAAAUUGAGAGAGUGAAAAUUAAUUAAAACGUUAAUUACAAAAACGAUCAAAUCGAAAUUCAAAUCAGAGUUGCCCCCUCUUAAUUACACGAGAAUAGCUCUAGGGACUUCAUUGAUAACAAGGAAGGAAAACUAUUAAAAAGCUUCCAAGAUAUGUACUCACUUUCUUACUUCUUUUCCAAUUCCAAUUUUCAGUUCGUAUGACAAUUUAGGGGAAUUUUAUCUCCUUCAUAAUCGUGACUUUACACCGAUAUUUAAAGUAUUGUGCCAAUAUCUAUCACGGAAAAGAAUAUGUUUACUAAGACUGUUAUGUAACGGAAUCCGACAUUUACACAAAGGGCUCAUGGUACGAAGAAUACACAUAAUAUAUCAUUUUUGUUUGUUUCUGGUUAAGAGCUCAGGCGCCUGCAUUAUGACAUAACCGUACAAAAUAUAGGGAUAUGUUCAAGGUGUGUGUUCGUGGUUUGAAUUCAGGCACCCACCUUUGGCUAGGGCAUAACCUGUCUCAUUUGAUAUUAAGGGCGAAGAUAAUAUUUGCAUACAAAGUAGGGUUUCGAGACUCAUCACAUAACAGUAUUCAAAGAACAUAGACAUUCAAAAGUCAUGAAAAAUAAUCACAUUUGGUACUUAUGUGAAAUAAGAUGGUGGAAAUUCAAUAAGUGUAUUACGCCCUUACAUAAAACAAACAAAGCCCCCAGGCCCAUCAUACAAGCCGACAAUAAACAAAAAUCAACUUACUAUAGCAAAUAAAAAACUACCCCUAAGUGCGGCUAUUUUCUCGACUGUUAACUUAUUUUACGAACAUUGCGCAAUAUUUUAUAGGGUUUUCAAAUUCAAAUUUAUGAAAGCAAACCCCCUAACAAAUCGAUAAGCUAAUAAUACAAAACAAUUACCCUACGCUAAUUACAGUAAUUACAAAAGAAAAAGACUGCCAUCGAAAGCUAUCUACGUUCUGCCGCCGCAGCUCAAACUUCGCCACCUUCUUUUUCGCGCUUGGGGAACGCAAAACCAUACUCUCUUUUACGCGCCACCAAUAGCGAGGCUUUUAAUUUGUGCAAUUUGAAUUAUGCGCUUCCCGGUAAAACAUCUCCAGUGGCGUAGCAUGCGUUUUUCUUCCUUAAUAAAAUACAUAAAAGCGGGAACGAUAUAAUCUAAAAACUGUCAGAUAUGUUACACCGCACUCUCUAUUGCUAAAUCUCAGGUCCCAUACAUAAUUUCAACAGCUGAUUCUUGUAAUAUUGUUUAACAAGUUGUUGUUAUAAAAUUAACAAUGCGAUUAAAUUAUAUAAAUAUGCGACACAAAGAGCUUAUAAAAAUCAAGUUUGUACAUACAUAGUUGACAUUUGUGACAAUUUUACCUUUUUGUCAGUUUUGGUAUAUCCACCUUUUUAAUUGGAUUCUUAAGACAUGCCUCCUCAAAAUGGAUUAGACGGGUGUGGUGUCAAAACCUUAAUCCGGAAUCGAUUAAAUGGCACGAAUACUAAACAAACUAAGCUAUGCAAUUGCCUUCCAAAUUGCGCUAGAUGCAAGUUGAAAAAAGACAUCUCAUCUACUUCGCCGCCAAAACUGGAAUGUAAAUAUGUUCAACCGGAACGGCCCUUGUCGUUUAAACCAAUUGGAACUUAUUUGAUACCAACAACGAAAAUGUCGGACAAGUCUGUGUAUCGUGACACGUUUCUUCCCGGGGAGCUGAUAAAGUUAGAGCAAAUUCGCCCGAAGACUAAUCUGAAUGUCGGGGAGGGGAAGAUGUCAAACAACACCGUGCACAAAUUGACUUACCAACAAGUAAGUGCGGAACCUUCAACGCCAUUUUACCCGUGUAGACACAACUUACUGGGCUCAGGCCCUAUGCAAACGGUUACAACACACAUGCACGAUUUCGUGCCAAAAUCAACCGAUAAAACUAAGUCUUGUACGCCAAUACCCAAGCCCAUAUCCCAGACCGUACCGAUAAGUGACAAAACCACUAAUCGCCUGUCAUACGUUCCGAUGAAUAUUAAGGAGGCCAAAGCGGAAACUUGUCGACCGCCACACCCUCAAAUUGCUUUUAAAGGGAAGGUGGAUUGUAAUACUGUCAACCGUCUCUCGUUUCUACCGUGGGAACUACCCGAACCUGAUCCCAAACCGUGGGCGCAAAAAAAGUCGUUCGUGGCACCCGAGACCCGCAUGUCGGACGACACGAUAUACCGAAAAAGCUUUCCGAUUCCCCAACGCGAACCGCCUCCCCAGUCGUGCAAACCGAUUAGCACAUACACACCAGCACAUACGAAAAUGGAAGACUCGUCGGUGUACAGAAAAUCUUUCACCGCGUGCGAAAUGCAGAAAACCACCGGUUUUCGUCCCCAGCACAACAUGAGCGUAGGCGAGGGGAAAAUGUCCGGAGACACCAUGAACAACCUCAGCUACGUAAAAUACGACAAAGCGGCGCCGGCCCGCCCCUUCCUCCCUUGCCGAAAAAAGUACACCAGCGACGAUCCCAUGCAAGAUUUUACCACCAGCAAAAUCGACUACGUGGAAAAACCGAUCGUUAGGGUGGAAUCGUGUAAGCCUAAACCGAUUGUGGUCGAAUCCGACGUGCCCAUCAGUGAUAUGACCACUAACAAGCUCUCCUUUGUACCUCACGAUUUGAAUCAAGUAAAAGUCAAACAAGUUCGGGUGGCUAACUCUAUCGAAAAACCAACCGGUCCCUUUGCGCAGUACACCGUACAGAAAUUGUCUUACGUUCCCACAGAACUGCCACCGCCCCCCGAAAAACCUUGGGCUGCCAAACCCAUAUAUUCUAAGCCGGAGAAGAAGAUGGAAGGAGACACUGUUAAAUCGCUAAGUUAUCAAAUGCCAGGAAAGUACACGGAAUGCGUUGUAGUGUCUCCUCUUUCUGCGGAACCGGAACCAUGUUGCGACUGCUGCUGUACAAGGGAUUAAUCCUAAGUGUAAUGUCUAUUUAUAUGCUAUUAUCUGUAGGAACAUUAUAUUUAUUAUUAUACAUACAGUGAACGUUUGCCUUCAUUUGCGA